GGAUAUCGGCUUUGUUUCGUUGCGCAGUUGAUGCAGAACUUGUACGAGAUCGAGGCGUUGGUGACGGCACUACCACCGGCCCUUAAGGCUCAAUCGUUGCACGGGUUCGCCCGUUGGGCUGUCCCGGCCCAGGAGAGCGGAGAAAUGUCAAUUCGGACGGCAGUCCACCGGCUAGUACAAAAUGGUCGCGUCAUACUGCGCUCAUUACGAAACAACGAGCGCUUCCACUCGAACGGAUACCCGAACAAGAAUCUCGACAAGAUACACGUUGUGCAGAGAGGUGAAUUUCGGAGCGGCGGCCUUCCUCGUCGGAACAGAGGCAAUGUGUGGAAUACGAGGGAACAACUCGGUUAUUUGGCAGCACACGCUCGCCGCAUCUUCGUUGACAACAUCUUGAAGCGAGUGACCAACAGUCUUGCGGCAGAUUUACGAAGGCGCACAGCGAGCAGACUCGUUUUUGGAGAUUCUGCACCAUUUUUUGCUUUUGUUGGCAUGUCGCUGGCAUCAGGCACAGGGAUAUUGACCAAGGAUGACGAGCUGGAAGGAGUGUGUUGGGAAAUCCGAGAAGCGGUCUCGAAAUCACGAUGGAAUAUGCCACAAAAUGAUGCGAAUUGUCAAAUUGUGCCAACCAAUGAGAAUGCCGUAGCUUUACAGGAUCUCGUGAUUGGUCCUAUUAUUGCUAAGGGUUGCUCCGCCGCCGUGUACGCAGCACGGCUCGUGAACCCGUGCGCGCGGGAUACAACGGAAAAUGAUGGUACAAUGAACGUCGACGUCGAGGCAACAGCAAAAGAUGCGAAUGCGUUUCCGCUAGCCAUAAAAAUGAUGUUCAAUUACGACGCGGAAUCCAACGCCGCGGCUAUUCUAAGGGCUAUGUACAAAGAGACGGUGCCGGCUAGGAAACAUUGCGAAAACGAUGAAUUGCCCGCUUGGCAACAUGGAUUAAUCGAAAAGAAGAUGACGCUACCACCCCAUCCGAAUAUCGUGGCGAUGUAUUACGUCUUUGCCGAUAGAAUACCGGUGCUACCUGGUUCCUGGAGAAUGUAUCCCGAUGCUUUACCAGCGAGAAUCAAUCCUAACGGAUCGGGCAGAAAUAUGAGCCUGUUUCUGGUGAUGAAAAGAUACGACCUGACACUGAAACAAUACAUGGCGAGUCGAGACGUCGAGACGCGAGUGUCGACAUUAUUAUUUGCCCAGCUUCUGGAAGCGAUAGCUCAUAUGAGCGCCAACGGCAUAGUUCAUCGAGACUUGAAAAGUGAUAACAUCUUGCUGGAUUUGUCGGAGGAGACUGACAAUUGCCCGUCCUUGGUUGUAACUGAUUUUGGCUGUUGUUUAGCCGAUAAAGAUCACGGACUGUAUCUGCCCUAUCACGUUCAGGACAUCGACAAAGGUGGCAACGUCGCGUUGAUGGCCCCAGAAGUGAUAACAGCGGAACCAGGUCCCUUUACGAGCAUUAAUUAUACCAAAGCCGAUCUCUGGACGGCAGGUACUAUAGCAUACGAGAUAUUCGGUACGCGAAAUCCAUUUCACGGCGAAAAGGGCGAGAGGAUCACUUUAAACAAUUACGAUUACACGGAGAACAUGCUUCCCGCGCUGCCGGACAACGUACCGCCGAUCAUUAGCGCAAUUAUAAAAAAUGCACUAUCGAGAAGCGUAUAUAAGCGGCUUGACGGCGAAUUGGCGGCGACCAUAAUGCAGGUGUAUCUGUGGGCGCCCAGUUCCUGGCUGAAAAGCAACGGACGGUUACCAUCGAGCAACGAGAUUAUGCAGUGGCUUUUAUGCUUGACCACAAAAGUUCUCUGCGAGAGACGAAACGAGAAAUUGUCUUGGUCGUAUGAAUCAUCCGUCCAUACGACACAGGUUCCAGUUACCGAUAUCGAAAGACACAAUGCGUACGAAUCGACGCCCUCGACACGUUCUUACGGAAGACGCACAAUGCCGGGGUAUCAAUUAAUAGCGAGUUUCCUUAGCAGGGUAACGCUCGUUAAUGUUAGAAACGCAUUAAAAUGGAUACAGCGUAACACAUAGCUGUGUGUGUGUGUGAAGAUCGUACAGUAUUACAAUAGAUGAAAUACGAGAUCGAAGUCUCGCGCACGGAAACUCGUGAAAUUCGGUGCACCGAGUACGCUUAAAAAUAAUACCGUCAACUCGACAAAUUUUAGAGAUGCCUUACAUUGAAAAUUUUGUUUUCUGUUAAAAUUUAUUGCUAUAUAUUAUUUUUAUAUUGAAUUUCUGGUACUUUAUAUUUUGAUACUUGAAGAAGCACAAAAGGGCAGAAAAGGAAAGAAUUUUGAGAUUGGUGUUGUAUAAAAAUAAAAUAUUUCUUUCUUAAAUUGGUGAUUUCAAAGAAGCGUUGCAUGCACAAGCCCUUUUGUGAUUCUAAUGCCUUAAUACAGAAGCGUGUAAUUUAAUUGUAAACUGUUUUAUUUUUGUGGAUUUAAUUUGUAUAUCGGUUAAUUUAUUUAGCGAGCGCGUUUACUACUAAAGAUACAAGAAUUGUAAACGUUAUGAUUGUAUUGUAUAUCUAAUAUAAAGAAACAAUGUAAUUUCGAGAUCCAAGUAUCCAAGUAUUUUGUCAAAACUUGAUUGCAUCUACUUCCGUCAAAAUCUUUAAGGAAUAAAUUCUACCUGAACUCUUAGUAGAAAAUCAGGUUCUAAAUACAAACUUUAAUGUAGAUACGUUGUUAACAAAUAUUUAACAAUGCGUAAAGUUGGAAAAAUAAAUAAGUGUAAAUAGUG